AUGACAACAGCUACCGACCCCACCUCGCUGCUGACGGCAUGGCUGCAGCGCGACAAGAAACUCGUCACCUAUCGCCUGCUCAGCCGAGAGCUGCGCAUCCAUGUCGACGAAGCAAAGAAGCAACUAGCUGCCUUCUACAAGUCGCACAAGGACAAGUCCGAUCUCGACGCCACCUAUAUCGUCAUUGGCACUUCAGCAGCCGGUCCAGCACAGGCUCGUGACGUCACGUCAACAGCAAGCGACAGUCAGGCAGACCAAGACGCUGAGGAGAAACCCGUUGCGUCUUCCUCGACGCCCAGCUCGUCCUUUGCACCACCACCAAGCUUUCUCGACUCGCGUGUAACACACCGCCAGACGACAGCCAAUGUCUCGAGCCAAGUCAUCCGUCUCAUCCCGGCGGACGAUCUCGAUCAAGCACGAUCAUCCCUCGACCAGAUCUCUUCGUGCCACAUCUACUCAUUAUCGCCCGGCCGUCUUCGCGAUGCAACGCAGCUCACGGCUGUACAGCACGACCUGCACACACAGCAAAAGUACACCGACACUUGGCAGCAGACCAACCGUGGUGCCGAUCUAGGCGUCGUUAUCAAUCCCAACAUCAAGGACAAUUACGAUCCGACCAAGUCGAUUCCCAGUCUGGGAGCAGCGAGCGCACCUGCUUUGCCGCCCAGCAACCGCAACGCUAUGAGUCAGAUCAAGCAGGAGCCAGAUACAAAGGCCUCCUCAACACCCACUGCAAAGUCGACGACAGCAGCGCCACCCGCAUCAUCAGCAGGCGGCAAGAAGGCCGGACUGGACUGGAGUAGAGCCAAGCCCAAAGGGCCGCAGUCGGAUUCAAAGUCUACUGCUGCUGUCACCAAGGAAGCGGCCAGCUCGACCAAACGCUCGUCGGCGAGAAAAGCCUUGUUGGGCAGUGACGACGAGGACGAUCAUGACGACAGCAGCACAAAGCCUAUCCUUGUCGAUGACGAAGAGGACGAGGACGAGGACGACGGGAAGCCGGAAAAGCUUGGUUACGCAGAUGACGACGAUGACGACGACGAUAUGGCGGAUCCCGUACAAGGUGCAGCGCGCAGAGGCACGGGUAAACGCGCCGAUGCCGGAUCGCAGAGCAAAGCGCAACAAGCGGCGCAACGCAAAGAGCUCGAAGCUAUGAUGGACAGUGAUGCUGACGAUGACGAUGCGACGCAAGUGGUCGGGCCUAGCGGCGGUGGCGCGGGGUACACCGAAAGCACAGGUCAGGGCAAAGAUCUGGAUCCAGAUGUGGAAAUGGCGGAUUCCACCGUCACGGACACCAUGGAUGGCUCUGCAGCCACUGCAGCCAAACGCCGUGUUCGCAAGAAACGCAAGAUUGGUAGCAAAAAGGUGCGCACCAAGGACGAGCGCGGAUACACAGUGACGAAAACCGUCGACGAGUACGAGUCGUAUUCCUCGGACGAAUCCGACACGCCCGUCGUCGUUGGCUCGAAACGCAGUAACGGAACAACGCAAAGGAAAGAGACGACCGAGUCACGAUCCACGUCGACUUCGGCGUCGGCGAGUCCCGCGCCCCCUGCGCCGCCAGCUAAACCGACACCGGCAGCAGCAUCGAGCAGCAACAGCUCAGGUCUGCGCAAGUCUUCUUCGGGAGGCGCUGCACCGACAUCAGCGAAAAAGGGACAGCAGAGUCUCAACAGCUUUUUCACUCGCAAACCUAAAGACAAGUGA